AUGUCAGAAAUACUCUGAGGGGGUUUGACAUUCCCUACCGAGACACGACCGCAGUUAGAAAAACUAAACUAGAAUUAGUACUCAUUGUCCGGUACCGAUGAACUGCCGGCUCAGCUAUUCAAAUGCCACAAGCUGAGGUGUUUUUCCCAAUAUCGAAUAUAAAGUCUUACCCAUCUGCUGUAUUACGUAAAUGGAGUGAAUGACAGUGAACUGAUCGGGCUUCUUCAGUGUGGCCUUAGAACAACCUGGUUCGACCAGUGUACGUCUAUAUCAGACUAGAUCGACCAUAGAUCAAAUAUUAAUUAUGCGCCAAAUCUUGGAUAAUACUCGUAAACAACAUUUUGACACAACAACAAAGGCCCCAUCUUCAUGUGGAUCAUUUGACGCUAAGUUACACCAAAAGCUCCGUGUGUAUUGGGAAAAACUCUCCUGAGUCCUUCGAUACUGAACAAGGUUUCAGACAAGUUCACAGAUCAAGGGAUUUCAUCAAUAGCUGGUGUUUGCCGAAUCUAUUCAUAUCAUUCGCCCCAACAACCGAUACGUUAAUUCUGCUUUCUCCAUACUAAACGAAGAAGCUAAGCGAAUGGGUAUGGUAGUGAGCAAGAAACUAUUUAAAUACCAACGCAACGUAGUUCUAAUGACUAUUGACCGGCAUAACCUUGAGGUUGUGGAUAAUUUCGUCUGUCUGGUCACCAGCGCUAACACUAAUAAUAUUGUCACUCUUCAAAUUCAACGCGGAAUGACACUUGCCGACAGAUACUACGUUGGACAGAGGCGAGAAACGAAGAGUAAAGUUCUCGACGAACAAAGAAAAACUCUGCUAGUCAGGAACGGCGAAUACCACAGCCGAUGGACCCAUGAGUUGUACGAGGUGUUGCUGUUGUUGUCGUGGCUACGUAAACCCCGCUUAGAGACAAAUUAAAAUCAAUCUAAGUCACCAAAGCCAUCUAACGGGAGGUCUAUUCAGAGGGAGAGGCGGGGUUAAAUGUGUCUGGAUAGAACGAUGUUUCCCGAAAGAGCUUAUGUCGGCCAAACUGUUAAAACUGCUCCGGGGAGAACAGCAGAAAAGGCUAGGCAAAUUUUUCUUGCUUGCACUAAUGCAACUGAUCAGCAUUGGGUCAAACCAUUAAUAAUUGGUCGUGGAGAGAAACCGCGCUCUUUAAAUCAUGUGACAUCCUGGUCCAAAAGUUUAUGCAACAGAAGGGUUUACAAACCAAAGCUAUUAUAUUGCUUGACAACGCACCAUGAACUGAAAACUGCUGAUGGCUCUAUGAUGUGUGAUUUAUAUGCUACCAAAUGUUACGACCUUGAUUCAACCUUUGGGCCAAAAUAUGAUUCGCAUAACUAAGCUGUACUACAAAAGGCAUUUCCUGUUACUAGCUAUUGGGAGAGAUGACAUCACCCAGUUUUUAAAAUCUUUAACAUUAAAGCUGCUGUACCAUUUUUAAUGUUUAUUCGGAAUCAACUGGGGGCAAAUCUAAUAGCGAAUUGUUGGAAGCUUUUUUUUAAUGCAACAGAACCGAAUCAAAGCGAAGAUGAAGACGAUUCUUCGACAACAAAAAGAUUUCAGGAAAAGUAAAGAGACAAACAGAGUUUACUGCAAAUAAGGAAUACUUGCUAAUAUUUUAAAAACGAUGUAUUUACGCAAGUAAUUCCUCCAGCAUUCAAAAUUAAUUUAAAUUUUCGAGUGUGACCUAAAUUCGUUCACACAAUACGACUAUCAGAAAUUAAUGUAAUACAAAGUGGUAGUAUUUGGGUCUACAUUCUGGCAUUGGCAAAUUUAAAUUACAAAUAUUAUUUAAAUACAAGAAGAUCAUUACACAAGUUUCCAUUAGCCACUGCUAUUAUUACGCACACAGUUGUAUGUACAUACAUAUGUAAGUAUGUAUUUUUUUUCUUAAGCUUUAAUAUCUAUGUACACUUUCAACAAAA